AUGGCUUCUAGUUAUUCGAAUCCAGAGUCAUUGGUGGAGCUCUCAACUUUGGUCGAGCGAACGCUCGUGGACACCGGGCGGUUGUUCAGAAAAUCGGGGUCCAUGCCGUCGAGAACCAAUUUGCAACGGGCCCUUCCGUCGUAUUCGGACAGUUUUCAAGAGGCCUUGGAUAAUCUGUCGGAGCAGAUUUUCAUUGCCAAAGCCUUCUUGGAAAAGGACUAUGAGGCCAUCAAGGCCCGACAAGCUGCACCCCCUGCUCAAGAUGUGGCCAUGGGCGAGGUUCCCCAAGAGGUGGAGCCAGAAGCACAACCCCAGCCUACAGGCAUUGACCUAGACUCUGAGCUUCAAGAAGCCCAGCCAAAAACAGAAGAAGGAACUUCGGGGGUGUCACCGACUCCUAUAGAGACCAUGCCUAAGGAUUCAGGCGAUAGCGUGACUGUCAAAGAAGAAAAAGAGCCAGCAAAUGCCGAACCAGGAUUUCCAGGCACUACUGACGAAAUCAAUUUUGAUUCUGUUCUCAAUGACAGUGGUGGCCCAAACAGUUUUGACCUGGAUCUUGACUUUGGCAAUGAUGACAUGGGGAACCAGGCCUUUCUCUCAGGAUCAAGCUUCGGCAACACGGGUAUGGGGGGGACCGACAAACCCAGUGUGUCGCAACCCCCUGACAGCUCUGCACAUGCCACCGGUGGGGGUGCAUUCGACAUGGAGCUGCAAAGGACAGAGGGCGGGGCCAAUCAACUACCAGGACAGGACAGUGCCAUGGAGGACAUCAUGGGACCCGGAGAGUCUAGCUUUGAUGAUCUCUUUAUGGAAACAGAGAAUCUCGGGGGAAAUGGCACGGGCGACCUGAAUCAGCUGGAGGGGGAUAGCCUGAUGAACAUCAGUGAGCUGGAUGAUAAUUGGUUUACUUGA